AUGAUCGAAAUCCGUGUUGCCGGCGAAGGCAAACAGUCCGAAGAGCAUCUGCGAUGCUUAAAGUCACAUUUCCAGGGCUUUCCCCUGUUCACCAUAAAAUAUCCUACAGCCGGUAUCGGUUAUGUACACGGACGUAAUUUACUUCGUACAUGCGACGCAGCGGGAUUACUGGUCGGAUUUGUGGACGAAGCUAGUGCCACCACUGUACCAACAAUUUGA